AUGGCAGUGGAUGGAAUAAUACUGUGCUGUAACACGUUCAGUGUUGUGGUUCUUUUCUUACAGGGUGUAAUCCUGUACAAAGUCCGGUGGAAGGGCUAUACCUCUGAUGACGAUACCUGGGAACCAGAGGUUCAUUUGGAAGACUGCAAAGAAGUGCUGUUUGAAUUCAGAAAAAAGCUUGUGGACACCAAGACAAAGCCUGUGAAAAAGGACCUUCAGAAAUUUUCUCUAAAUAAUGAUGUGUUUGAAGCAGAAUCUGAUAAUGAUGGGCAAAGCGAAACAAAAGAGGAUGUUUCACCAAAGAAGAAAAAGAAAAAGUCAAGAGAGGGAGAGGAUAGAAGUGCGGAUGACCUGAAGAAGAAAAAGUCAAAGUCUGCAAAAGUCAAAGAGAAACCCAGGACAGAAUGUGACAGUUCCUCAGAUAUUUUGGGGUUGGAUUCAAAACCCAAAAAAAGGACUUCAGAAACAAAGGAAGAUUCAAAGGAUCCAAAGAAGCAAAGGAAAGAAGAUACUAAAGAAGUAAAGAAAAAGAAGGGAGAAGUUAAAGAUGUAAAAAUAAAAAUUAAGGAAGAUUCUAAAGAAAGUAAAAAAUCACGGAAGGAGAAGCAAGGAGAUGCUCAGUUUGACACAGAGCCAAGUACUUUAGACGAUGCACUUUUUCAGGAGAUUGAUAAUGAGGAUCUACCCUUAUGCCCUGAAAAUAAAGAGGAAGAACAACAAGUAAUAUGUGAAAAAGAGAGGUUGGAAGAAGAAAUUGCUGAAAAAGAUUCCAUUGCUGACAGACAGCUUGAUGGAUCAGCAAGUAAUGAAGAUGAUAAUGUCGAGGUUAAGGCUAAGAGAAAGAAGAAAAAAAAUCAGAAAAUGGAAGAUUACAAAGAGGAGGAUAGAAAAGUGGAAAUCAAAGAUACCUAUUCAGAGAAGAAAAGCGUGCUCAAAAAGCAGAAAAGUCAAGAAAAGGUGAAAGUGGUGGCUGCAGAGUUGGAGAAAGUGUCAGCUGCUCCCGUGUCGGCACAGAAGGCUGUAAAGAUGGGCGCUGAGGAGAGAGGGCACAAAUCCAUGGAGUCAGGCGAGGAGGAGAAAGAAAUAAAGAAAACUGAAAUGAAGGAAAAAUCUGUAAAAAAAGAGUCUGAAAAAGAAGAAAAGAGCAGAAAAGAACAGAAGGUCCUAAAAAGCUACAAGGACAUCAAAAGUGCACUUGACAUGUUUAAUGUAGCUUCAGAAGAAAAAAAGGAAUGCUCUGAGAAUAACUGCAAAAGAGAAGAACCCUCGCUAGAAUAUAAAUUCAUAGAAGAAUUAAAAUUAAAAGACAGCAAAGUGCACAAGGAGAGGAGGAUAAAAGAUGAAGCAGAAACAUGGAAUUACGUUGCUGCAGGAGGUGGUCGAGAAGCAGUGGAUGUGUGUCAAGUGGAGAACUCUGAUGGCAAGCAACAAGUUUUGAGUUUGGGUAUGGACAUGCAAUUAGAAUGGCUAACGCUAGAAGACUUUCAGAAGCAUCUCGAUGGAGAAGAUGAGAAUCACAUCUCAGCAGAACCAAUAUCCAGUACACUCCUGAGGGAUGCCGUCAAAAGUGGAGAUUAUAUGACAGUAAAGAUGGCACUUUCUUCAACUGAAGAAUAUAAUCUGGAUCAAGAGGAUUCCAGUGGAAUGACUCUAGUAAUGCUCGCUGCUGCUGGUGGGCAUGACGACCUCCUCCGCGUCCUAAUCAGGAAGGGAGCUAAAGUUAAUGGCAGGCAGAAAAAUGGAACAACUGCAUUGAUACACGCAGCUGAAAAGAAUUUUCUAACAACAGUAGCUAUUCUUCUGGAAGCUGGAGCAUUUGUGAACAUGCAGCAGAGCAGCGGUGAAACUGCAUUAAUGAAGGCAUGUAAAAGAGGAAAUUCGGACAUUGUGCGACUUAUGAUUGAAAGCGGAGCGGACUGUAACAUUUUGUCAAAGCAUCAGAACAGUGCACUGCAUUUUGCUAAGCAGUGUAACAAUGUCCUGGUGUACGAACAGCUCAAGAGUCAUUUGGAAACACUCUCAAGAGUAGCAGAAGAUACCAUCAGGGACUAUUUUGAAGCUCGCCUUGUUUUGCUGGAGCCAGUCUUCCCAAUUGCUUGUCACCGUCUCUGUGAAGGGCCGGACUUCUCCACAGACUUCAACUAUAAACCUCCACAGAACGUGCCAGAAGGAUCUGGAAUUCUUCUCUUUAUUUUCCAUGCAAAUUUCUUUGGUAAAGAAGUUGUUGCUCGGCUCUGUGGACCAUGCAGUGUACAAGCUGUGGUUUUAAAUGACAAAUUCCAGCUCCCUGUAUUUUUGGACAGUCACUUUAUUUAUUCCUUCAGCCCAACUGCAGGCCUUAACAAGCUUUUUAUCCGGCUAGCAGAAGCUCCUACAGCCAAGGUGAAGCUGCUAAUAGGAGCAUACAGAGUGCAGCUGCAGUGACCUCACAAUUGCGAGCCUGUUGAGUGGCCUGACAGCUUUGGGAUAUACUUCUGAGUCCUCUGUUUAGAGACUGACAAAGCAGUUUGGAACUUCUUGGCACCACACUCUUAGUCCCAAGUUCCCAUGUUCAUGUUGUUUGUUGGCAGUCAUACAGGAAAGUACGUGUUGGAGAGCAGCUGAAUACGCUGUGCUGGUUGGGACAAGGUUGUCAGCUCUUUUUUGAUUUGUACAGACAUAGAUGUAAGUAUUUGUGCCAAUACAUACAAUGCUGUCUUUCUUUAACUUGUUGAGUCCAGACUGCAUAUUUCAGCUUUUCCACAAUGUGGAACGGUGCAUACAAGAACUAUUUAAGGUAACUAAGUGAAAUGUCUUGUUUUUUUUUUUAAAUAGAAGGAUCUUUUCCAUUUGUAAACUACAGUUUUCUACUUACUCAAAUAACUGAAAUGUUUCAGUGUAAAAUGCGGGACUAUUGUAUUCUCAGAGCAGUGGGCAGGAAUUAUACCUGAAAGCCCCUGCAUCGCUUAACCAUGAACUGCUGGAGGUCAUGUUCUGGUUUGAAAUUCUUCCUGCAGUUGUUUCCUGGUGACAGAGCAGGAGUGAUUGCCUAUGUGAAAGCCCUGAGUGAUUCCCUUUGAACAGACAGUUAAGUCUGCAGGAGUGAAUAGGGAUGUCCAGAUAGGCUCAGUGAGUAGAGCACUGUGGUCGGAUUCCUAGUUACAUCAGUGCUUUAAAACUAAUCUUGUGUUAGAGAAGCAACUGAUAGUUAUACAGGCAUCUUAACUUUGGAGUUGUUAGUCAAGUGGCAUGUGAGAAAACAAAUAGCUGGAACUAGCAAACCAGAAAACGUGUUAACUGCUAACUUAACUGUGGGCAGUGCUUUCCUAGGUGGCUAAAAGGUACAGAGAAGUUCAGAUGUUUUCAGCCUGACUGAGAGCAGGUGCUGCCCUCUCAUUCAGAACUCAGUUCCUGUGUGCAAAGAGCUGCUAUCUAUCUUUUCAUUUCUUUAAUUAAGUGACCGUUUUAUCAGAUGACAGCAGUUCUGCAAUGGUUCUGUGCUGUAAUAUACAAAUGUAAUACUUCUGCCUGAAGUACAGAGUAUUUUUCUUUGUAAAUUAAACAACAUCUUGAAAAGUAAAGGAAAGAAAAAUAGAUUGUGCCUUUGCUGUUCUGGUUGCCACGAGUAGUUUACAUGACUCUAUGUGCCUAUAUUGCUUAAGAAACUAUUGGGGAUAAAUAAUGUAUUUGCACCAUUUUGAUGGUGAGCACUUGGUUGUACCCUUUUAAGAACUGUGACUUUAUAUUAAAACUUUCAGCUUA